CAAGCACGCACAUAGUGUCUCUCUCUCCCUGGGCCAGCCAGAGAGACGACAGGAGGGGGGCGAGGGGUUCACCAUGGAUCCCAAAGAGGCCAGCGGGAUCGAAAGGGAGAAAGAGGAGAAGAAGGAGAAGGAGAAGGACAAGACGAUAAAAAGGAGAAGCAGGCUUUUACUCAGGUACCUAGAGAGGAGGAAAACAGACACCAUCGUGGACGAUGACAGCUCCAAAGGCGAUAUUAAUAUUGGGACACUGAUCAGAAGGAGCCAGUCGGAUAAGACAGAGUACAGCGCCAAGCUCAAAGAGAAGAUGGCUCCUCAUGACCUCUCGUCCCUUGCACUUGACCCCGAGGAGGUUCGGCAGAGGAAGAUGGCCAAGAGGGCCAAGGUUAUUGAAGAGCUGGUGAAAACUGAAAGUGAUUUCUUGACCGACCUGGAACUGUGCAUUAGAGAGGUGUUACAACCUCUUCGAGUAGCUCAGGUAGUGGAUGUGGACCGCCUGUUCACCAACAUGGAGUCAGUGUGUGCCGUCUCAGCUGAGCUCCUACACCGGCUUCAGGAGGCCACUGCCGAGCCUGACCCCCAGGCAGUACUCACAGGAGAGGUUUUCAUCCAGGCCAAAGCUGUAUUAGAGGAAGUCUAUAAAAUAUACUGCUAUCAUCACGAUGAUGCCAACACCUUGCUCAAGUCCUAUGAGAAGGAGAAGGAGAUUCAGCAACAGUUCAGGACAUGUACAAGUUCACUAAAGAAGAUAUAUGAACAAGAAGGAAAAUCCAACCUGCUGGACAUGGGCUCUCUCCUUAUCAAGCCGGUCCAGCGGAUCAUGAAAUAUCCCCUGUUACUGGCCGAGCUUUGGCAGGCUACGCCCGAUGACCACCCCGACCGCCAGCCACUGCAAGAGGCCCUCACUGCAGCCAAGAUCAUAAACCUGAACAUCAAUGAGUUCAAGAGAGGGAAAGACAUUGUAAUGAAGUACAAAAGGAGCGAUGAAGAGGGCACCUUGAAAGGCAGGCUGAACAAGUUCAGCAUCCACUCCAUCAGGAAGAAGUCAGAUAGGUUUACAGGUUACCUGAAGUUCCUCACAGGCGUCGAGCCACAGGUUCGAGAUGAACUGUUUGAUAAGGAGGAGAAGUUGUUUCGCAGCCUGGAGAAAUCUGUGCGACUGCUGGUCAAAAAUGUCCUGUAUUACUUGCAGCAGGCACAGGAAAUGGUAUCUGUGACCGCACAGAAUGCCGAUGAUCUUGGAAAAAUUAUGAUGGAUCCAGACGUAAUAGACACCCAUGGGUUUCACAGAACCAAGAAUGACAAUACUACCAUAGACCCGUAUAAGCACUUUACGGAGAGAGUGGAGCGGCAGGUGUUGGCCCCUCUGUCCUCGUUGCAGAGCAUGUUCGCCGCCCCGCAGAAGCUCAUCCAGAAGCGCUACGACAAGCUGCUCGACUACUGCAGUCGUCUAGAGUCACGUUCUUCCCCCUCCUCCUCCGCUUCCCCCUCUUCUUCCUCUUCUUCCUCUUCCCCCUCGCCUUCUGAGGAGUCGUGCCUGGCGGGCCGAGACUACCAAGCCCUCAAUGCCCAGCUGGUGGAGGAGCUGCAGAGGUUCAACGCGGCCGCUUGCAGCAUCCUGAGCAACUGCCUUUUCUUCUUGGUGGCCCUACUACAGCAGCUGAUGGAGAUGGCCAUGCAGAAAUGCCCCUCCAUCCACCAGCUCCCGGCACCUUUGUCAAACAUCAGUGAAGUCCAAAAUAGUAUCAUGGAGGAGAUUGGUAAUCUCGCUUUCGUCAAGGAUAAUGCACAACGCUUGAUGGAGAGGAAAGUGAGCUUCGAGAAACGAGACAAGAAAAUAGUGGCCCCAGAGAUUCAGCGUCAGGAGGAAGGACACAGGGCCCGGCUGCUGGAGGAGUACCCUGCUCAGCGGCUCUACCAGCUGAAGCGCAACUGCAAUGCCUGUCAGGAGCAAGACGUGAGCCUGCUGGAGGGGGAGCUGGUGGCCCUGCUGGAGGACCACGACCCACUGGGGAGCAGCAGCCGCUGGCUGGUACACACAGGCAGUACGCGGGGCUACGUGUACUCGUCCUUCCUGAAAGCCUACAACCCUCAGCGGGAGCAGGCGAGGGCACAGGCGGAGCAGACGGAUGACUUUGACAACCUGAGCCUGUUUGUGUCAGGAAGCGGCAGCAGCAGCCUUCGCAGUUUCAGCCUCCAUACCUCUGACAGCACCUCCACCCUCUCUGGCCUGCAGGGGGAACCAGAGAGCGCAGAGGACGCUGAGACCAGUGAAGACCAGCAGUUUUAUGCAGUGUAUGCUUUCCAAGCACGCAGUGACCAGGAGCUGACCCUUCAGGAGUACCAGCAUGUCCGCAUCCUCCAGUUUAACGACCUCGGAGGCAACAAGGAUUGGUGGCUUGCUGAGGCCAACGGCCAAAAGGGCUAUGUCCCAGCUAAUUACCUCGGAAAGAUGUCCUACGCUUAGACCGCAAUACACAUUUAUUUCUUAAGUCCGUCUGACUGAAAGACUGGUCAGUAUGAAGUGAUGAAAUGGCCGUGGACAGUGCAGUUCCAUUGUGAAAUCGAGCAUUUCCCUAAAUAAUUUUCUUAUACGUGCUAAGCACUUUCCACACACAUUCAGUGUUGAAAUCAAGAAGUGUGUCAUCAACUAUCUUAUUAUAUUAUUGAUACAAAUGUAAUAUAUGCUUAUAUGAAUAUAUUAUUGUUUUUAUAGUAAAUAUAUUGAUCAAAAAUAAAAUCUGAAUAUAGUGCAAUUAUCACUUUUACAAAGAUCUACAAAAUGAAUAAAGAUUGUAUGAUGAACAUUGUCUCUGUUGUGUAAAAACUUAAA